CCACCUCUGUUUUUACCUUUAUUUUGCUUCUAAAGAAACCUCCAAAGAUUGCAACUUUUGAUAAUUAAUAAGUUAAUUUGUCUUCUUAUUCAUCAGUUUCUUUGUAGGCAUCAAUUUCCCAAAAGAAGUUGUGUAAAAAAAUGGAUGCAAUUUUGAAUCUUCAAGCUGUACCAUUAGGAACUGCUCUUACUGUAGGUGGUCCAGUUGUUGCUCUUGGUGGGAUUUCAUUUUGGUUACUUAAGGAAUAUGUUAAUGAUCAAAAAAGGAAAUCUUCAAAUUUUCUCCCACCUGUUCCAGAGGUUCCAGGGUUACCAGUGAUUGGGAAUUUGCUGCAGAUGACUGAGAAAAAACCACACAAGACAUUUACAAAUUGGGCUGAAACUUAUGGACCUAUUUAUUCCAUCAAAACCGGCGCAAAUACAAUUGUUGUACUCAGUUCUAGUGAACUUGCUAAGGAGACUAUGGUGACUAGAUUUUCAUCCAUCUCAACUAGAAAGCUAACAAACGCAUUGAGAAUCCUUACUUGUGAUAAGAGUAUAGUUGCAAUAAGUGAUUACGAUGAGUUUCACAAGACAGCAAAGCGCCAUGUACUGACCAGUGUUCUAGGACCAACUGCUCAGAGGCGCUUCCGUAUCCACAGGGACACCUUGGUAGAAAAUGUGUCAAAGCAACUACAUGAUUUGGUUAGGACUGAUCCUAACGAAGCAGUUAAUCUCAGGAAGUCAUUUCAGUCAGAACUUUUUGGUUUAGCAUUGAAACAAACUUUGGGAAAGGAUAUAGAGGCUAUUUAUGUGGAGGGACUCGAUGCCACUUUGCCAAGAGAGGAAUUACUCAAUAUCUUAGUGCUUGAUAUAAUGGAUGGUGCAAUUGAUGUGGAUUGGAGAGAUUUCUUCCCCUAUCUAAAAUGGGUUCCUAACAAAAGCUUUGAGCACAGAAUUCAGCGUAAACAUCUGCGCAGGGAAGCCGUGAUGAAGGCCCUAAUAGCAGAUCAAAGGAAACGUAUUAAUUCGGGAGAGGAACUGAACAGUUAUAUCGACUACUUGUUAUCUGAAGCCAAUACGUUAACAGAGAAGCAAACUCUGAUGUUGCUUUGGGAGGCAAUUAUUGAAACAUCAGACACCACACUAGUGAGUACAGAAUGGGCAAUGUAUGAAUUGGCGAAAGAUCCCAAACGACAGGAACAACUCUUUUUGGAAAUUCAAAAUGUUUGUGGAUCUAACAAGAUCACAGAAGAGAAACUUUGCCAACUUCCAUACUUAUGUGCUGUCUUUCAUGAAACAUUGAGGAAGUAUAGUCCUGUGCCUAUUGUUCCUCUAAGAUAUGUCCACGAAGACACGCAGGUAGGAGGGUACUAUAUUCCUAAAGGAACUGAGAUCGCUAUAAAUAUAUACGGUUGCAAUAGGGACAAGGACGUGUGGGAGUGUCCUGAAGAGUGGAAGCCUGAACGAUUUCUUAACGGAAAGUAUGAUCCAAUGGAAUUGCAGAAGACAAUGGCGUUCGGGGCUGGAAAAAGGGUAUGUGCUGGUGCUCAGCAAGCAAUGACAAUUAGCUGCACAGCUAUAGCUAGAUUGAUACAAGAGUUUAAAUGGAGCUUAAAAGAGGGAGAAGAGGAAAAUGUUGCAACAAUGGGUCUUACUACUCAUAAACUUCACCCAAUGCUAGCUCAUAUCAAGCCAAGAAAUUGAAAGGGAGUCUUUAAUUAGCGUAACAGGUAAAUUUGUUGUCAUGUGAUCAGGAGGUCACGGGUUCAGACCAUGGAAAUAGUCUCAUCACUCCUGCAGAAAUGUUAGAUAAGACUGCCUAUAAUAAACUCUUGUGGUUUGGCCGUUUUAGUGCAUCUGGCUGCCCAAGAUUUGAACUUUCUACUCUGUAUUAGCAGAGCUUGCUAUUUUGUUAGUUUUAAGUUAUGAAUUUGGACAUCUUUCUUUCGAACUUAGUCCAAGUAAAUUCACUAUCAUUAUGAUGAUAAUUUUAGUAUUUAAUUGCA